CAGUGCCGCAGGAGGCGCGAGGGGACAAAGACGUUCAGAUGGCAGAAAACAGUCUUUCAGAUGGAAGCCCUGCAGAUUCUGUGGAAGCUGCUAAAAAUGCCAGUAGUACAGAAAAGCUCACAGACCAGGUGAUGCAGAACCCACAAGUGCUGGCAGCUUUGCAGGAACGUCUCGACAACGUCUCUCACACUCCUUCUAGCUACAUAGAAACUUUACCCAAAGCCGUCAAAAGGAGAAUUAAUGCUCUGAAGCAGCUCCAGGUGAGAUGUGCGCACAUAGAAGCCAAGUUCUACGAGGAAGUUCAUGACCUGGAGAGGAAGUAUGCAGCCUUGUACCAACCUCUCUUUGACAAGAGAAGAGAAUUCAUCACUGGUGACGUGGAGCCCACGGAUGCAGAGUCAGCAUGGCACAGUGAGAAUGAGGAAGAAGACAAGUUGGCUGGAGAUAUGAAGAAUAAAGUAGUUAUAGCUGAGAAAGAAGCAGCAACAGCAGAAGAGCUGACCCCCAAAGGCAUCCCUGAGUUCUGGUUCACCAUCUUCAGAAACGUAGAUAUGCUUAGUGAGCUGGUGCAGGAAUAUGAUGAACCAAUUUUGAAACACCUGCAAGAUAUUAAAGUCAAGUUUUCAGACCCUGGACAGCCUAUGUCUUUUGUGCUAGAGUUUCACUUUGAACCCAACGACUACUUCACCAAUCCUGUCCUGACGAAAACAUACAAGAUGAAAUCGGAACCAGACAAGGCUGACCCGUUUUCUUUCGAAGGUCCUGAAAUUGUGGACUGUGAUGGGUGUACAAUUGACUGGAAGAAGGGAAAAAAUGUCACAGUCAAAACCAUCAAGAAAAAGCAGAAGCACAAGGGCCGGGGCACCGUGCGAACCAUCACCAAGCAAGUGCCCAAUGAGUCCUUCUUCAACUUCUUCAGCCCCCUAAAAGCCUCUGGAGAUGGAGAAUCUCUGGAUGAAGAUUCCGAGUUCACCUUAGCUUCUGACUUUGAAAUUGGGCACUUUUUCCGUGAGCGAAUCGUGCCACGGGCUGUCCUCUACUUCACUGGGGAAGCCAUAGAGGACGAUGACAAUUUUGAAGAAGGCGAGGAGGGAGAAGAGGAGGAAUUGGAAGGAGAUGAGGAGGGAGAAGAGGAGGAUGAUGCUGAGGUUAACCCCAAGAAAGAACCCAGCCAGCCGGCAGAGUGCAAGCAGCAGUAAGAAGCAGCGACCCUGAGGGGCCAUCUUGUGGACGGAUGUCAGGACCCCAGGCCGCAGGCAGGGUCCUCAGUCCCUGCCAAAGCAGAAUUUUGUUGACAGUGCUGUGACAUCUAACCAUUUCCAAGUGCAUGAUUCCUCUCCCCCUUCCCUUCUUACUUUGCUUAACUUGUACAAUGGAGACUAGGCUGCAGUUCAGAAUAGGAGAUUUAGUUGUAGCACCUGCAGCCUUGGUGCCUGAAGACCAUGUAGGGUGGGCUGGGGUUGUGCCUGGGAUUGGCAGAGCCUGGUGAUUCUGUGUACGCUACUGAAGAGGCUCGUGGUUUUCAGCCACUGAACUUCGUGGGAAGCUGCUCCAGCUGCUGUACCCUAGUCAUCUCCCAAGCACUAUAGAAGAGGCUGUGCUCGCCUUAGAGCGUGUGGGUUUUUUGUUUUUUUUCCCUUUUUUCUUUUUCUCCUCACCCCCCUCCCUUGAGUUUUGGUUUCAGGGCUGGGUGGGUUGUGGCACACACCUCUGAGACCAGAACUGUCUGGUUCAUCCUUG